AUGAAAGGUCUUCUUGCUUUCGGCCUGCUUGCAGCGCCUUUUGUCCAGGGACAUUACAUCUUCAGUCAGCUAUACGUCGACAACAAAGCCAUUGGAAGUGACUACACCUACAUCCGCAAGAACAGUAACUCUUACAACCCUGUCAUUACCUCCGAGAUUGUAAACUCUCCGGAGUUGCGAUGCAACAAGGGCGCCACUACCGGAACCGCUCAAACCUACACUGUGGCCGCCGGCAGUAAGGUCGGCUUCAAGAUCUGGUUCAACGAACUCAUCGAGCACCCUGGCCCAGGCUUCGUCUACAUGUCUAAAGCGCCUGGUGAACUCAACACUUACGACGGUUCUGGUGACUGGUUUAAGGUCUACGAGACCGGUCUUUGCGGCAGCAACCCCAGCGUCGACACGGACUGGUGCAGCUGGCAGAAGGACCGUAUCGAGUUUACGAUCCCGACGAACACUCCGCCUGGAAACUACCUCGUUCGCGUUGAGCACAUUGGUAUUCACGAGAGCCACGUCGGCAAGGCCCAGUUCUACAUGGAGUGCGCCCAUCUCAAGAUCACUGGCAGCGGCAGUGGCACUCCGGGCCCUCUGGUGAAGAUCCCUGGCAUGUACAAGGCCAGCGACCCCGGCAUUGCGUACAACAAGUGGACCUCCAACCCAGCUCCGUAUGUCAUGCCCGGUCCUGCAGUCUGGGAUGGUUCCGCGAGCAGCAGCAACACCGAUACUGCCGUGAUCGAAGAUAUUCCCGCGACCAAUACCACCUCCCCAAGCGAACCCGCGGCGAGUGCACCGGCCGCGAGCAACCCUCCCUCAAGCUCCGGUGCUUCUCUGUACGGUCAGUGCGGUGGUCAGGGAUGGUCUGGCGCUACCACAUGUGCGCAGGGAACCUGCCAGGAGAUCAACGCGUACUACAGCCAGUGCGCGUAA